AUGACCGAAGAAAGAACGAUCCUACUUGUAGGUAGAACUGGUAACGGUAGAUCUACAAUAGCUAAUGUUAUUAGUAACACUAGUAAAUUUAAAGAGAGCGAUUAUGGAAUUAGUGAGUCGGAGGGUGGGCAGAUAGGGCACUUUCGAUUAAAGGGAGAGGAAAUGAUUUAUCAUAUAGUUGAUACUAUUGGUAUUGGUAAUAAUCGUUUCACAGAAAAAGAGACUUUGAAAAGGUUAACUAACGCAGUUAUUGGAGUUCAAAACGGAUUGAACCAAAUUUUCUUUGUAAUUAGUGGUAAAUUUACUAGAGAAGACGUAGAAGCAUUUACUUUGCUCCGUAUGAUUUUUUUUGGUGAAGACAUUGGUAAAUACACCACUAUUGUUCAAACCAAAUUCCCAUAUUUUCAAGAUCCAGAAAAACGUCGCAAAAACAAAGAAAUUAUGAUGAAUCAAAAUGAAGAUGUAGGCACUAUUUUACGUUCUUGUCGUCGUCUUAUCCAUGUAAAUAAUUUAACUGAAAAAGAAGACUUUCGACUAAGAGCUCGCAAUGAUUGCCGAGCAUUUUUACGUAAUUAUAUCUGUAAUUGUAAAGAUAUUUACAAACCAAGUAAUUUAGGGGAAAUGAAUGAAAGAAUUGAAAAUUAUCUAGCUGAAAGGAAUAAAGGCAAUGAUAAACAAUGGCAAAUUAAUCAGCUUAUGAAUGAAAACUCACAACUUCGCCAGCAAUUAAACCAAUUUACUGGUCAACAGAGACAAUUUAAUCCCUUUAAUACAGGUUUUUUUUAA